AUGGAGUUGAAUGUCACGCCUGCACACAACUUCACUCCGUCACUCAGCCAUUUUGAAUGUCACGCUUAUCCUUUGGGGAAGAUCCAGCUCAUUGGAGACAUUUUCCAGUUCACAGUCGAUGUGAGUGAAUUUUCUCCAGAGGACGUUAUCAUCACUUACUACAACAACCGGAUCGAGGUUCAGGCUGAGAAGUUGGGGGACAAUGGGGCAGUCACAAACAAUUUUUCCCACCAAUGCAAACUACCAUCAAAUGUGGACCCCACAUCUGUGACCAUGGCCCUGGAGGGCAGAGGGGUCCUGACCAUCAGAGCUCAUAGGGUGCAUUAGUUACGGCCUGAGCUCUCUGAUCGCUUGCUGCAUUUGACAUUUAAAUGCUUGAGCGUAUCGCCAUCUGUUGGUUGCUGAAGGAAUCAACAAAUUCAUAAUUUUGGUCUCUUUCAAUCAACUUUGUCCUACUUGCUCCAAUAUUAUUCCUUAGCAUUCCUUUAAAUAA